CGCGAGUACCCAAGAAUCGUCCUAACCUAACUUUUAUGUUUAUAUUUUCAUUUGGUGUGACUAGAUUAGAUUUUCAAAUUUUCAUCUUCUCAAUUAAGUAUUUAUGAAUUAAAAGAAAACCUCAUUAAUUUGAUUUUGUUUGUUCAAAAAUGGAGGUCUUCGAUAGUAAAUUAAAUCCGAACAAUCCAGUUCAAAUAUCUCAAUUGUUUUCGCGUUUAGUGGAAAAUGUUACCAGCAGCAAAAACGGCGGCAAGCAAGAAUUUAUUUAUUUGAAAAGUAAAUGUUUAGGAGAAAACCAUUUGAUAGGCGACGUAGCUAGAAUAUCGAUACUGAAGCUAAUUGAAAAUGGGGUUUUUCAAAUUGAUCAAGUAUUUGCCGAUUUCAUCACUAGUAUUUCUACUGCAAGAAAUAGCACUUCAUUAACAAAAAUCAUUACUAGCCUAUUGUAUUUAUUGUUGAACAAUCAAACGUCUCUUCAAAAUAAGAAUAAAUUAAAGCGGUACCAAUUACAGCAACAUCCAUUGGUGAAAAUAUUACAAGGAGAAUGUCUUUACGAGGUGCAAAUGUGUAUUUUCAAUGAAAUCAGUCAAAGUGUUUACAAAGAUUUGAGUCUUUCCUCCUCAGUCCAUACUCUUUUCGAACCUUUAUAUCUGUAUUGCAUAUGUAAUCCUUCACCAAAACCAGAAUUCAGUUUAUUAAGACAAAAAUUAUGGUCUCAUUUAAUAAAAUAUGAUGAAGAAUUUAAGUCAAACAUGAUUUUGAAAAUGUGCUUUUGGUUGCAAAUGCAAGAUAAAAACUCAGAGCUAGCAGGAUCUUUACUAGAUGAAGUGUUCCACAGUCAACUAAAUUCAGCAGAACACUUAAGAAACCUCGACUACCUGAUUUUAAUGCAAAUUUUAAAUAUUCACAAUAUGAUAUUAAAUAAUACUGAUUGCAGGCGAAUAAUUAAAAUAACACUCCUUAUUUUACCAAAAACUACUUUUUGUCAUUAUAAUGUUUCUGUACUUAUAUUAGCUAAAGCUGUAUCAGUUUGUUCACCUCUGUAUUUGGAGGAUUUAUUAAAUUUAUGUUUUUAUUUGACAAAUGCCGAUGUAUGCCAACCAUACAGUUUUCUGGCCCUAAAAUCUACAUUACUACACUGGUUAGCUAGUCCUUGCAUCUUAACCCAAAGUGCUUUAAGAAUUGCUAAAGACAUAUUAAAUUUAAAUGAUUAUGUGUGUAGAAAAAGGCCCUCGGUUAUGAUAUCCAGAUUAAGCAUACAUGAAUUCCAUUAUUUAACAUUUUGCAAUCCAGAAAUAUCACUCGGUCUACAUUUAGGAAUUAAAAUUGAAUUUUGUAAAAACGAGAAUGAGAUUAUUGCUUUGCUGGAAAGUUUCGAAGAAGCACCAGUGUUUUAUUUAAAAAGCUGCUUCAGUUUUCUUUGCGGCAUGCUGUUGAAUUCAAAAUUUAGUGAGGAUUGUAAAGUUAAAGUACUUUCAAUAAUUCUAAAAUGUUCCUCAUUUCAUCUGGAAUUCUUACCAAAUGUGUUCACAUUGAUUUUGUAUUUGUUGUCUAAUACUCAAAAUAGUAAGUUGCCUUUUGAGUUAUUGAAGGCUCUUCCUCCUAUGGUCAUGAUAAAUGAGAACUUACCUAAAGUUAUAACUAUUUUACAAGCCAUUUCAAAGCAUUCAUGUGCAUUGAAUAGUUUCGCACUUCGUUUACUAUAUGACACAUGGAAAAUUGAAAAUAAAUGUUAUUCGAUUUUGGAAUCUGUUGCUUUGCAAUCACCAUCUGCACUCACUAAAGAUGAUAUUUUAGAGCGAAAUAUAACGCGAGCGUAUAUUUUUAUGAAAUUAUCAGAAAAACGUCCAGAAUUGUAUGGAAAAGACUUAGUGGGACAUCUAUCAAGGAUCCUCAAUGAAUGCACAACAUCGGAUGGUGUAGUUCCUAGUGCUUUAGCCCUAGAGGGAAUAAGGCAUUUAUGUAAAGCAGAGGUUAUCGAUAUUGUUACUACAUGGGCCACUCUAUCGCCCAAGUUUAAAAAUGAUACUAGAAUCAGAGUUGUAAAAAGUCUGUGUGAAUUAGUGAGCGAAAUACCACUCCUGGAGUAUGCUCAGUCGUACGAAAAACUUAAUGAUGAAGUAAUACAACAAUUAUGGCUCUAUGUUGUUACAAGCGAAAAUGAAGAAAUCAUAAACUCAGCUUUGCAAGCUUUAGCCACUUUUAGCUUUGAAUUGAUUUGCCAACAUUUCCCAGAAACGUUUUUAGAUGAUAACAACGCGAAGAGUUUUGUAGGAGGACAAUGUAUAGUACUAGGUAAGACAUGGAUUAAAUUCUUGAAAAUUUGCAAAGCAAACAAGGCAGCAGAGAGUUUCCUGGAAAAAUUAGUUGCCAAUGAAAUAGACAACUAUUUGAAAUAUGUGUAUCAAGUGAAAUCACAAAGAGAACCGGAUAGUUAUGGAAAUUUACCUUCACACAGCAUUGUUAGAGCAUUGGGAGAAUUUAUAAAAACCAAUUCAUGCAAAGUAAAAGACUGGAAUGAAUCCCAAAACAAAGAUCUCUUCAUUACGUGUUUGCGGAUUUUAAGUUUAAAAUACUCAAAACCUCUACCUCCGUUGGAUUGGUGUUUUCUACAAGAGCUCGUUCACAUUCCUGAAAUGAAAUCGUAUUGCUUAGAUCUUGCGUCACAUCAAGCAAUAUUAUCAGGAUCUGCUAGAAGACUGAUUGAGAAUUAUAUAGCUGCUGCUACAGAAGAUGCAACAGCUGAAGCAAUUCAUGUUUAUAGAAAUUUGAAAUACCUCGCCAACAGUAUCCAACCAGUACUUCUUAAACCAUUUUUCCAAAAUUCACUCCAUCAUGCCUUAAAUGCAAAUACAGAUGACAUCCUGGAAACGUUUUUAAGAUAUUUAAAGGAAGUAUUAGAUGAUGAUAUACUUCAGGAUGUUAAUAAAAGAAUUAUUGAAGAAGUUUUGACUGAAUUGGUUUUUAUUAGUGACCUAUCAUGUAAAGCUUUUCCUUUAUUUUUAAAUUGCAUCGCUUCAUUUUCUAAAAAAGCCCAAGAGAAUAUAACAAAAUUCAAUUUGAAACAAAACAGUGAUGAGGAAUUUUUAAAAAUUGUCAAAAUUAGCUGCCAUAUUUCCAAAUAUGGAAAAUCGACAACGCCACUUAUUUGGUUAAAUGACAUUUUUGAAGCUGCUUUUGUGUACAACUUUGGAUUAAAUCUAUAUUACGAAGAUAUUAUCUCAGUGCUGAAACAUAAUUUGAAUCAUGAUGAGUCGCCAUCAUGGUUAAAUGAAUUAUUUGGUGAAAUUCAGGUUAAAGUGGCAGAUAGGUGCGAUGAAAAUGAAAUUGGAUUUUUAUGCGAGCUUUUAGUUAUAGCUGUAGUACACUUUUCUGGAUUAUUUACUAUCUUGCCGAAAAAUGAUUAUGAAAGCAUAAAAUAUUUCUUUCCAGCAGCUUUAACGUUUUUGUUGGACGAUCUUAAGUGGAGCAACAGUACUUUACAAAUUUUAGAAUGGCUCCUUCACAUGAACACUACAGAUACUGUUCCUAAAACUUAUCGGACUAUUUUUGCAUGGGCGUUGUGUAGUUUAAGACACCAAGAGGAAUUUUCUAAAAGUUCUAGAUGGAUGAAAUAUUUAGAUUGUGAAUUACAAAUUGAGAACUACAACACAUAACUCUUGAUACAUUGUUACAUAUUUUUAAAUAAGAAUUUUAUAACAGUGAGAAAAAUAUUAAUUAUACCUAUACUGAUGUUUCAUUAUCUGAGAGUGGUACUGACAAUGUUGUGGGUCUUGAAUCUGUGACACUCAGAACUUCUUCUUCUGUUGAAUAAUUUGAAUUCAUAUUUUUGCUUUUGUCAAUCAGUUGCUUUCUUUGAGGCGUCCUGUUUGGCGAUGAUUUUCUGCUGUUGUAAGAUUUCAGC